AUGAAAGUGAUGAAAGAAGAAACUAUCAAAGCCAUGACAAAUGUAGUAAUAGUAUUUGACCGUCAUAGGAAAACUUUUAGUGUACAAGAAACAAUGGACCAUAACGAGGGGAUGCCAAAUUUAUCCUAUGUUGUCAAACUAAACAGAUGUUGGUGUGACUGUGGCAAGUACCAGGCCUUCCGUGUACAUUGCUCACAUGUCAUUCUGGCAUGUGCACAUGCUCGUCAAGAUGCUUAUAGCAUUCUAUCUGAUAUUUACAAGGCCAUUACUAUUAUGAAUGUCUGCAACGAAGACUUCGCAGUGCUACCAAUGGAGGAAUAUUGA